CUUUCACGCCAACAAAAUCUCCCAAAACAAACACACUAGUAGCAAAUUCCAGUUUCCUCUCUCCGAUUAGCAAGAACAGGAUCGAUGACGUCGAACCCGAAGAGCGAGACGGACUUGGCCUUGGACGCCGGAGCGACCCGCCGGCUCUACCCGUCCAUGGUUGAGAGCCCGGAGCUCCGCUGGGCCUUCAUUCGCAAAGUCUACGCCAUCCUCACCGUCCAGCUACUCCUCACAGUCGCCGUCGCCGCCACCGUCGAUUUAGUCCGUCCGAUUGCUCACUUCCUUGUCAAAACCCGCGCCGGCUUGGGCGUCGACAUCGCCGUCUUCGUCAUGGCCCUCGCCGUGUUGGUGGCUUUGAGAGUUUACGGCAAGAAGCACCCGGUGAAUUACCUCUUGAUUGGGCUUUUCACAGUCUUGAUGGGACUCAUAGUCGGAGUGGGUUGUGCUUAUACUGAAGAGAAGGUACUUUUGGAGGCUUGGGGUCUGACCAUUGUGAUUUUCAUGAGCUUGACUAUCUAUACAUUCUGGGCUGCAAGGAGAGGCUAUGAUUUCAGCUUCCUUGGUCCUUUUCUGUUUGCAGCUCUGAUUGUUCUUCUUGGAUUUAGUCUGAUUCAGAUCCUCCAUCCUCUGGGGAAAACCAGUCGUAUGAUAUUGGGCAUUGUGGGAUGUAUCAUCUUCUGUGGCUACAUUGUCUAUGAUACGGAUGAGCUGAUCAAGCGCCACCACUAUGAUGAGUACAUGUUGGCUGCAAUCCAGCUCUACUUGGAUGCUAUCAACCUCUUCCUGAAUUUGAUCACAGCUAUUGAUAGCUGAGAAUUGAAGCUGUUGCUUAACUCAGAUCAGUAACCUUCUUUUGUGCAUUUGGUCCUAGUUAUGGACUUAUGGUUUAGGUAAAAUUGUGAAUGUCAUGACAAAUAACUAAUGGAUGUUUAAAUGGAAGAUUACUUGUAGAUCUGUUUACCAUUGAAUCCAUUAUUAGAUUGCUGUUGAUUUACACUUUA